AGUCGAAUGUAACUGUCUUUCAAAGCUUUUGAUUAUGUGCGUAUUUAUUUAUACAACUCUCGUGUAUGUAUUUAAAAGGGAGUCGGGCAGGUGCGGGCUGAGAAAUGAAUUUUGAGAAGCUAGCUAUAAUGUGCUGAUAUUAGGAUCAUGGCAACCAAGAUCGGCUUUCUACCUGGUCGUGUCUUCCUUGUCCUUGUUGUGGCCACUGUUGCAGCUAUUCUUUUUUUUGCUUCAUAUUUAGAAAGCAAUGGAGGACAAAAGGUUUCGAAUAUGGCAAGCGUUAUGACUCUCUCCACAGCUUUGUUCAAACUUCCUAGGCUUUCAAGAGAUGCAGGAAAUAAUGGAGGACAAAAAGUUUCCAACAUAAACAAUACGAAUUUGGCUUUGGCUCAAAAAGUUAAGGAAUUGUCAAAAAAUUUGAUAGAACUUCAGAGAAGUUUAGUAACAUCAGUCAGUCACCAGCAGAAAGUGGGCUUACUUAUUCAAAAGACCUUUCAAAUAUUGACAAUACUGAAUGAAGAAAACCCCGAUGGGAACCUGUUGGAAAACCCGCAAGAAGAAAAUGUUAAGAAAGAAGUUUGCCCCGAACAGUUCAUGGGAAAGAAACUGAACUAUGGCUAUCCGCUGUUCCGAAAAGGAUUUGACCGUGUCGAUUGCAAAGAGUUUAUUCCAAAUGAAAAACUUAUAACAAUUGUGGCGAUUAUACCAAACGAGAUUGGGAGACCUGCGCAAAGUUACUUAGAGAUGAUGCAGGGUAUAGAGAAAUAUUACCCUGGGAUGCGGGUAAUAUUAGUCACGCAAAAACAAGUGCAACCGUCGGUCACAUCUGACAUAUCUAAACUUAAGAUUAAUUUUGAAAAUUUUGUGAUGAAAGCGGAUUCAGGCCAAGGCGCCUUGUUGCAGGAACUUGUUGGUAAAGUCUCCACACCCUAUGUGUUAAUAGCAAUAAAUAUUACUCACUUUGAUGACGAUAUUAACCUGGAACGAAUGGUUCGUAUUCUCAGUUACAAACCUCAAGUGAAAUUUGUCGGUGGUGCUUUCCGCAAUUUGAAAGGACAGUGGGAUAUGGGUUGUCAACAGGUGUCAUUUAGAAAUAUGACCGCUAAGUUCAUGGGAGGAUAUUACAGGUCAUUCAAUGAAUGUGUAGUCUGUGAUUUUUUGUCAGGACCAAUAAUGGCGAGGACAGAUACUUACAAAGAAUUGCCAUUUGAUACCAGUAUCAAAUUUGGCUCAAUUUAUGAUCUCUUUUGGCGCUUCAAGAAACAAACACCGCAAAAAAUCGCCGUAUCGUGUCCGGAUGUCAUGUUUAACAUUCAAAGUCGCGAUAUUGCCGACGAAGAGCUUGUAACGUUCGCAAACAAACAUCAAAUUCACAGGAUUAUCGAUCCAGAUGGUAGGGUGCGCUGGUAUGGAUGCCGAAAUGGAUAUUCUUACACUUCUGCAAAGUUGUGCAAGAGAGGAAAAGGAAUACACUUAUCUCCUGCAGAUAUGGAAAACCUCGCUGAUGUGAUGAAAUUUUUUAUGAAAGCAUGUGAUGAUGCCGGCGCUAUUUGCGAAUUUGACUCCGGAACGAUGAUAGGUGCCGUCAAGCUCAACGGUGUUCUCCCUUGGGACAUAGACGGUGACAUCACAUUCCUUUCUAAUAAUUUCUCUGUUCUGAAAAAUCUUCAGGACAAAGUAAAAAACGCGGGUUACAGCUUGAAGGUUGGUUAUGGUACUACGGUGAAAAAUGGUCGUACGGAACGUGGGUUCUUUGAUUUAAGAACAACAAACUGGGACGUAGAGUUAUGGGGCAUGGCAGAAACGAAAUUUGGAAGUCAAAUAGACGUUGCCCGUGGGGUGAUUCCAACCAAGGUUCUGUUUGCUGGACAAUGGGUCAAUCAUCCGCAUAACCCCGGGCUUUUUGCCCGCAAUCGUUACGGUCCUGGGAUAUACCAACAUCAGGAACAUUGGCGAAGAUAUGGUCGCAAGAGUUCCUGGUUGUUUUAUACUCCAGGAACUUUCCUUCCAUGUCCUGAGCCGGGCCAGUCAUUCUGCCUCGAUCAAUACCCCAUUGAUGGUAAUAUGCAAUUUAGGGAUUAUUGCCCACUGUGAUCAUGAGACUAGAAGAAUUGGAAUGCUGUACCAAGAUUUGUAGAUAGGUUAAUUUUAGAUAGAUACAUACGUACAUGGUUUAAUACAAUCAAUUACUGCAGUUUUGAUGACUGAAUUACAAGUGAUCAUAUCAUUCAUAUUUAUAGUUCCUGAUUGUAAAAUAUAUUCUUACCCGAAUUAAAUCUAAACUUAAUC